AUGUCUUACAAUGACGACAACGAGGACUCAUCGUACGGUCAGACCGACAGCUACGGAUCGUCCGGUGGCGACGACAGCUACGGCUCUAAGACUAAGCAGUCUUCGUACGGAAGUGGAGACAACGAGGACAGCUACGGCUCGUCCGACACCAAGAAGUCGUCCUAUGGCUCCACUGGCGACGACGAGGAUAGCUACGGCUCAUCCAACAAGAAAUCGUCGUACGGCACCACCGAAGAUGACGAGGACAGCUCCGUGACCAAGAAGUCGUCCUACGGCACCUCCAACGACGACGAGGACACCAGCUACGGCUCGGGCAAUAAGAAGUCGUCCUACGGCACGUCUGGAGACGACGCUGAGGACACCAGCUACGGCUCCUCGGGCAACCAGAAGUCGUCGUAUGGCACCACCGACGACGACAACGACGACGACACCUCGGCGACGAAGAAGUCGUCUUAUGGCUCCACCGGUGACAACGAGGACACUAGCUAUAGCUUCGGCAACAAGAAGUCGUUCUAUGGCACCUCCAACAAUGACGAAGAGGACACCUCGGCGACUAAGAAAUCGUCCUACGGCUCCACCGGCGGUGACGAGGACACUAGCUACGGUUCCAGCACUAAGAAGUCGCCUUAUGGCGCUAUUGGAGAUGAUGAAGAGGACAGCUCAGCGACCAAGAAGUCGUCCUACGGCUCCACCGGAGAUGACGAAGAGGACUCGUCGACCAAGAAGUCAUCCUACGGCGCCACCGGAGACGACGAAGAGGACACCAGCUACGGCUCGUCAAACACCAAGAAAUCGUCCUACGGCACCACCGGCGACGACGAGAACGAAGAGGAGAGCAGCUACGGCCUGAGCAGCCGCAGCGGCAACAAGCCGUCGUUGGCAGCGUACGGCGCGGGCGGCGAUGACGAGGAGAAUACCACCAGCAUUGGAUACAAGCAAUCGUCGUCGUAUGGUGGGCGCGGCAGCAGCGGCGAUGACGAUGGCGAGCAGCAGCAGCAGAGCGACGAGUACGGCAGCAGCAGGUCGGGCGGCGUGGACAGGCUGGCCAGCCAGGCUGAGGGCCUCUCUCUUGAGGACGAGUAG